GCUUUCUCUAUGAUUUUUCCCCAUUCUAUUCAUCACCUUUUGUUUUUAUAUCAUAUUCCCCCACUGAGUACAACCAGCGCUUAGCAGCUAAUUAAGUAACCCAAUAUUUACCUUUUACCAUUGUUUAGCUACUUGAGAGGAAAACACAAAAAAUAGCUUUGAAGCAUGUCUUUUUUCAGUGGAUUGGGUGAUUUGGCCCAUUUGGCUGCGAUUUUCCUUUUGUUACACAAGAUGAAAAAGUCAAGAUCAUGUUCAGGAAUCUCUCUAAAAUCACAUCUUCUCUUUCUUUUAGUGUAUAUUACACGAUAUCUGAACUUGUUUUGGCGUUUUAAAAACCUUUAUUUUUUCUCAAUGCGGAUAGUUUUUAUCUGCUCUGAAUUCUAUAUAUGUUACUUAAUUUUGCAGAAUUUACGACCAACUUAUGACAAGCGUUUGGACACCUUUCGUAUUGGAUACCUCUUAGGCGGGUGUGUGGUUUUGACUCUCAUUUAUCCCAGUAAAUACAGCAUUUCUGGCAUUUUAUGGACCUUCAGUCUCUGGUUGGAAAGUGUCGCUAUCUUGCCUCAGUUAUUUAUGCUUCAACGAUCUGGUGAAGCUGAAACCAUAACUGCUCAUUACUUGUUUGCGAUGUGUCUUUAUCGUGGUCUCUACAUUCCUCACUGGAUUUAUCGUCUUGCGACUCACAAGUCCGUCAUGGCUGUCUCGUUGAUUGCUGGAAUUGCUCAAACGAUCCUGUACGCCGAUUUUGCUAUCGUCUAUCGACGCACUGUGUUACAAGGAAAGAGGUUCCGCUUGCCAGCAUAAAAGCUGGCUGAAAUUAUUACGACUGUGUAUUUUUUUUUCAUUCACAACAAUAAUAGACGUACAAUGACUAUUUUCCAAAAAAUCAACGAACAAAGUGUGAGGUAUAAUGUUACGUUUAAUGAAGUUUCGUACAUGGUAAACUGUCGCAUUACGAAGAUUACAAUCAAUUGAAGUUGCUAAUUUCUCAUUAAAGGUGGUCCAUAAACAACACUCACUCCAUGAUACUUUACAAUAUAUAUACUUCCUCCAACA